AUGGAUGACCGAAAAAUAGACUUGAUGCUGGAAUCUCUGUCUCGGAUUGAAGAGAUGAUGAUUACAAAGCCUGACACAAGCGAUGUUGAGGAGUUAGGAGAAGGGUCCGAGACUGCGGUAAGGGCAUACAACCACAAGGAGUUCAGAGAAAUACGAGCCUUGAGCGGGAUUGGAGGUCUUCACAGAUUGGGGAAACAGUACAUACUCAACGAGCAGAUCCACGGAAAAAGUGGAUCAUUUCUGUUCUUUACAAGGGAUUUCAAGUUUAUUGUGAAGACCAUAAGGAAGAAUGAGUUUCGUUGCAUUCGAGGAAUGAUAAAUGAAUACAAAGUGUACGUCCUCGAGAAUCCCAUGUCGUUCCUAUGCAAGAUACUUGGGUGCUACAGUCUGUGCAGCAGAAGUAACGAAGAGUACUUCAUAGUCAUGGAAAGCAUGCUGGAGGGCCCGGGCGUGCAGGAGAUCUAUGAUCUCAAGGGCAUGUCUGUGAAAAGAAAAGGGUACUCCAUGUCCAGCCUGAAAGAAAUGGACUGGAUCAGAAACAGCAAAAAAAUAGACCUUGGGAAACAGAAAGAGGCAGUCAUAUCCCAGAUAGAAAGCGACGUGCAGUUUCUAAGAAGACAUAGAAUUAUGGACUAUAGCUUUCUUGUGUGCUUCAAGUCCGAGAGGGAAGAAGCUUCUGUCCCACUUUUGCAGGAUAACCAUCAUAGCCGGAUGUCUGGAGACAAAGCGGUGCACUUUGGGAUAGUGGACAUUCUCACGCAGUGGACCUUUACAAAGAGAAUGGAGAGAAUGCUCCAUAUCCUCUGCUGUAAGCUAAAUAGCUCCUGCUUGAAUCCUGAUGCCUAUAUGGACAGAUUUCUAGUAAUGGUUGAGUCUGAUCUCUUCAAAUGA